ACUCUCGUGAAAACUUAGUUUUGUUGAAGUUUGGCUUUUGUGCUGUAAUUCAGACCUAUUGGAGUAACCAUUUCAUGGCCGCAUUGCAGAAAGUUAUGAAUCAGAUUUGCUGUACCUAGCUUUUAAAAGCUUAAAAAAGGUUAUAAUGUCUUCCGGUACUCGACGAAGGUUAGAAGAUGCAUUGAACGCAGGGAAAGAUAUCGCGCACAGCAUCUCCAGUGAUUCAGUGACCAAUGAGGACAGCUGUCGUAAACCAUCUUUGAUUAAAGUAGAUUUUGGCGAUGUUAUGGGAGUUUACAGUGUCAACUUUUCUCCCAAACAGCAGUAUUUUGUCGCGGGGUGUGGCAGUGGUGCAAUUCAGGUGUACGAGUGUAACACAGGAAAAAAGAAGAAACCACUAAAACAUGGUUCUCUGUAUGGCUUACCUACCACAUGUGUCAAGUUCUUUCCAUUUAAAGACAAUGUUUUGAUUGCAGCUGGUGCCGAUGGAAUAAUGACAUGUUGGGACUUGGAAGCAUGGAAUUCCUUUAAGACAAUUGAAGAGCUUCACAAUGAGAUAAGUGCUCUGGAUUUCUCACAUGACGGCAAGAUUUUCUCAACUGCUGGAAAGGACAGAAAGAUAAGAGUUUACGACACAAGCACACUAAAACUGAAGCUUACAUUUGGAGGAACAAGCCAUAUGGAUCUAACAGAAGAGGACGACAUUUUUGCUCCAGAGGCAGGCCAUGGCAGAAAAGUUUUUGCAGUGAAAUUUCACCCUUUUGAUGACAACCUAUUCCUGACAGGAGGCUGGGACAGAUGUUUGAAGGUGUGGGAUGUACGAGUUGAUAAAGUGGUUCGCUCCGUCCACGGGCCGUACAUCUGUGGUGAUGGAAUUGACAUCUGGGAAGACUCUAUUUUGACGGCUUCUUGGUUGGCCCGUAAUGCCCUUCAGCUUUGGGACUAUGGAAGCGGCAAGUUGAUAGAAUCGAUUCCAUUUCCGAGUCAGCAUGAGCACGGCGAGUUUCUGUACGUGGCACGGUUUUGUUCCUGUGGUGAUCUUAUCGCCGCAGGAGGAAGUGGAACUAAUGAUCUUAAAAUCAUCAACAGAAAUGAAAACAAGGUAAUUGCUAGCGUGAAGGAGGAAGGUAAACCCAUUCAAGCCUUGGAUGUAUCACAUGACGGAACUCAGUUGGUGAUUGGCAGCACUGCAAAUUGUGUUCAAAUCAUGACGCUUUCAUGAUCAUCUUAUUAACACUUCCAAACGAGAAGACAAAGUGAUAUUUUAUAUUAUUUACCAAGCCUCUUCAGUUGGCUGAAUAAUUUUUUACAAACCGUAUUCAAAGGGUGAGAAGUUCAAAAUUCCUUACAUCAGUUCUUGAUAACGCAGAACUGGAGUAACAUCAGUGAAUGUGAAACAAGCAUGUUAGGACUUUCCAAGGCUUACGUACAUCAAUUAGUUUAAAAACUCCAUACCCACUUGUAAAGCUAAAGUAUUUUCAGAUUAAAACAUACUUACGCAGG